AUGAGACACAACCUGGUCACGAUUUCGCGCCGACUUCUCGGCACCCAGUCGCUUGGCAAGCAGACCAAGGCCGAGCCGGUCACCGGCGACCCCCGCUGCUCCUUCUACCAUCAGGAUGUUGAGAUCAUCCGAGCCAGCGGUGACCAAUUACGCGAAAAGCCAACGGAUUACAACACGCUGCCCUUCGGCCACGUUUUCUCCGACCACUUUGUGAACGUCGACUGGUCGCUGGACAAGGGCUGGACGCGGCCCAAGAUCGAGCCCCUCCGGGAGCUCUCAAUUCACCCGGCCGCCAAGGUUCUCCACUAUGCCGCCGAGUUGUUCGAGGGUCUCAAGGCGUACCGAGGCGUUGACGGCAAGAUUCGGAUUUUCAGGCCCGAGCUGAACAUGGCGCGAAUGCGGCGCACCGCUGUGCGCGCUUCUCUGCCCGACUUCGACUCGCAGGAGUUGAUUAAGCUGAUCGUUGAGAUGCUUCGCGUUGACAAGGACUGGGUGCCCAACUCCGAGACGGCCUCCUACUACAUUCGGCCGACGAUGAUCGGCACUGACCCGACGCUGGGUGUCGGCGCAUCAUCGGAGGCCAAGCUGUUCGUGAUCGGCGGCCCCGUCGGUCCUUACUACGCCACCGGUUUCAAGCCCGUCUCCCUUCUGGCCGACAGCCGUUACAUCCGAGCCUUCCCUGGCGGCGUGGGCGCUUUCAAGAUGGGCUGCAACUACGCGCCGACGAUCGCCAUCAGCAAUAAUGCGGCCCGCGAUCAAAACUGCCAGCAAAUCAUGUGGCUGUACGGCGAAGACGAGCAGAUCACUGAAGCCGGAACGAUGAACAUCUUUGCGCUGUGGAAGAACAAAGAGGGAGACCUCGAGCUUGUGACGCCACCCCUCGACUCGGGCCUCAUCCUGCCCGGUGUCACGCGCCAGUCGUUGCUCGACCUGGCGAGGCUCUGGAAUGAGUGCAAGGUCUCGGAGCGGCCAUUCACCAUGCGUGACGUCACCGACGCGCUCAAGGAGGGCAGGUUGCUACAACUGUUCGGCGCCGGAACCGCUGCUGUCGUUUCCCCGAUCGGCGAGAUCGUGCACCAGCAAAACGGACAGUUUGUGCGCAUGAAGAUCCCGACGAUGGACGCGAACCCGAACCUGAUGCAGCGCCUCUACCAGACCAUCGCCAACAUCCAAUACGGACGUGAGCAGAUGCCCGGCUGGACGGUCGAGUGC